CUCUCUUUUCAGUUCUAGUUUCUCUCUCAUCUUCUUCAUUUGUCUGCACUACUCUCUCUCUCCAUCUCUCACUAGAAUUCUGUGUGUGUGUGUGUUUGAGUGUCUGAUGGAGCAAAAGAGAAAACCAGAACAGCAGAGCCUUAAAACCAGAGUACAAGAGAGAAAAGGAUUGAAGAGAAAAUUAGAAGCAGCAGCAGCAGGAGAUAAAGAAGAAGAACAUAAAGUGAGAGAGAUCUCCUCUUCUCCUUCUCCUUCUCCUCUUCCUUGUUCAGAUUCUUCUGCUACUCAAAUUAAUCAUCAGAACCUAACAAUUGAAGUCGCUACUCAAGUUGAUAUACUCAAUUCUACUUUCUCAUGGAAUGAAUCUCACCGAGCUUCUGCUAAACGUGCUACUCAUGUCCUUGCUGAACUGGCCAAAAAUGAAGAAGUGGUGAAUAUAAUUGUAGAUGGUGGUGCUGUAACGGCUUUAGUCAAACAUCUACAAGCUCCUCCAUUCAUUUCAGAUGAUGAUGAAUCAGCUCCUAAGCCUUUUGAACACGAAGUUGAGAAAGGAAGUGCUUUUGCUCUUGGACUACUAGCUGUCAAGCCAGAGCACCAACAAUUGAUUGUCGAUGCUGGUGCUUUGUCUCAUCUAGUUGACCUCUUAAAGAGGCACACACAUGGUUCUAACUCUCGGGCCGUAAAUAGUGUUAUUAGGAGAGCGGCUGAUGCGAUUACCAACCUUGCUCACGAGAAUAGUAAUAUUAAGACACGUGUCAGGCUUGAGGGGGGAAUUCCACCUCUUGUUGAGUUGCUUGAGUUCACUGAUACAAAGGUACAGAGAGCGGCUGCUGGGGCCCUGCGAACCUUAGCAUUUAAAAAUGAUGAAAAUAAAAACCAGGUUGGCUGCCUUGUUGUACAUUAUUUUCUUCAUGUUCUUUACGAAUUUGCUCUGAUGCUUUGUUUCCUGACCUUACAGAUUGUUGAAUGCAAUGCGCUUCCCACCCUCAUUUUAAUGCUUAGGUCUGAGGAUGCCGCAAUACAUUACGAGGCGGUUGGUGUUAUUGGGAAUCUGGUUCACUCGUCCCCAAACAUAAAGAAAGAUGUGCUUCAGGCUGGAGCUUUACAACCAGUUAUCGGAUUACUUAGUUCUCUUUGUUCGGAGAGCCAAAGGGAGGCAGCUCUGCUACUAGGGCAAUUUGCUGCGACUGAUUCUGAUUGCAAGGUGCAUAUUGUACAGAGAGGUGCUGUUCGACCUUUAAUUGAAAUGCUCCAAUCCCCAGAUUUACAGCUUAGAGAGAUGGCAGCCUUUGCAUUGGGAAGACUGGCACAGGACACACACAACCAAGCUGGUAUUGCUCACAAUGGUGGUCUUCAGCCACUAUUGAAGCUGCUUGACUCAAAAAAUGGGUCUCUGCAACACAAUGCCGCGUUUGCUCUUUAUGGUCUUGCGGAUAAUGAGGAUAAUGUUUCUGAUUUUAUCAAGGUUGGAGGUAUUCAAAAGCUGCAAGAUGGAGAAUUCAUCGUUCAAGCAACCAAAGAUUGUGUAGCAAAGACAUUAAAGAGACUAGAGGAGAAGGUCCAUGGUAGAGUAUUGAGCCAUCUGUUGUAUCUUAUGCGCGUAGCGGAGAAGGUUAUUCAGAGACGAGUUUCCCUGGCCCUUGCACAUCUUUGUUCGCCUGAUGAUCAAAGGACAAUAUUCAUUGAUAACAAUGGACUGGAGUCACUUGUAGGGCUUCUUGGGUCUGCAAAUGUAAAGCAACAGCUAGAUGGUUCUGCCGCCUUGUACAAGUUGGCUAACAAAGCCUCGUCCCUUUCUCCAAUGGAUGCAGCUCCUCCAUCUCCAACACCUCAGGUGUAUUUAGGCGAGCAGUAUGUAAAUAGUGCUACACUCUCUGACGUCACUUUCUUAGUCGAAGGUAGACGGUUCUAUGCUCACAGAAUUGCCCUGCUUGCUUCCUCAGACGCAUUCCGUGCAAUGUUUGAUGGUGGUUAUCGGGAGAAGGACGCCAGGGAUAUAGAGAUUCCUAAUAUAAGAUGGGAAGUGUUUGAGUUGAUGAUGAGAUUCAUAUACACAGGAUCAGUCGACGUUACAUUAGAUAUAGCGCAAGAUCUCCUCAGAGCUGCAGAUCAGUAUCUUCUGGAGGGGCUUAAGCGUCUUUGUGAAUAUGCAAUUGCACAGGAUGUAUCUUUGGAAAACGUCUCAACCAUGUACGAGCUAUCAGAAAACUUCCAUGCAAUUUCAUUACGGGACAUAUGCAUCCUUUUUAUUCUGGAGCACUUCGAAAAAUUGAGUGAGAGGCCAGGUCAUGCUCAUCUCAUCCAAUGUAUAAUCCCGGAGAUCCGCAACUACUUCACUAGAGCACUUACAAAAUCGAACCACCAGCGCAAUAGCAACCAUUUAUAAGAUCAAUUCUCCUGUAAGACCAGUUCUUGUUCCUGACCCGUGGAUCCCUAAUUGUUAACACAUGUUGAUGGUGAACAUUGUACAGUAGCAGAAAAAUAUUCACUUAGUCCUCUCUCUCUCUCUAGAGCCGAACAAUGCUAUAUUGGCAGAACCUUCGGAUGAAUCAGCGUCUGUGUUAUUUGUUUUGUAAUCAUGUAAUAUCGCUGGUUCUUUUCAACUUUUAUAUUUCAUAAUAUUGGGAAGCAUGCAGAAAAUGAAAGAUGCUUGCCAGAUAUAACAUGAACCAUAGAUGUAGAAACAAAUUCUAGAUCCGUGAGGUCCCUCAGCACAAUUUAAUAAGAAACAAGUUACCUUUGGAGGAA